AUGGUCAGUCCGAGGUCUCUGAAUGUCUCCCACGGGCGGAUGAUGAGACUCCUUAUCCUGGAGAUCGGAUGUGGAGGUACGGUGCCCACCGUUCGCAGCACCGUCGAAUCGACGGCACUUCAGCUGAAGAGCGCUGCAGACGUCACAGUCGCGCGGAUCAACCCGGACUUCCCUUUGCCUGAUCGGCUGUAUCCUCCUUCGAUGUACUUGCGCUACCUCGCCCUGCCCAUGGGUGCUCUUCAGGGGCUCAAGAAAGUCAACGAGCACUACAUGCAGAUGACGACGCGGGGAAGGCAUGAAGCUGGGCAUAAAACCGCCCAAAAGGCCCCAAAAGCUCCAAAAGCUCCAGCGCCGGCAGCCAAAACUGUCGCUCGGAGCCGGAGCCCGAAGCGUAGCAAGGAGGAGAAGGCCGAGAAGAAGGAGCCACCAAAGGAGGAGGUGAAAAAGGAGGAAGAGAAGAAGGAGGGUUUAAAAGAGGAAGCGAAGGAGGAAGAGUCUUCCGCAGAGCCGGCCAGGCGCAGCGCGGCAAAGGCGAAGGCGAAAGCCAGAGCCAAGAGGAAAACAAACAGCAGCAGGGCCGGGCGGCUCUCUCCGAACCGCGACAAGCAGCCGGAACGCACGCCCCCGGCGCCUCGGAGCGCCUCUCGUGCUCAAACGAAGAAAGCCCCGAAAGCCGCCCCGAAAGCCGCCCCGGAGCCGAGCGCCACUAGCACGCCUGCGGUGCGAACCCUCGACUGA